AACACUCUAGAACAUUUCCCAUAUUUCAAUUGAAUUGAAUUUUCCAUAUUCGACUGGUAAAACAAUCACAUACGGUCAUCCUCAUUUUCUCUCUCAAUAUCCCAAACCCAACUUUGACACGUCCGCUCCUUCACCCACCGUAUUUCUCGCCUAAAAUUCUCUCACGCUCACUUCAAAGCUCUGCAACUCACUGCUCACCAAUAAAACAGCGCGUGAUUUAUAAACACACUGUAAGCGCGUGCUGAAUUAUGACUAAUUAAAUCUACCGGCUAAUACAAGAAGUUUUCAAGCCAAAUCUAGCGGCUCCGAGCCACUUUCGUCUUGCCCAAGGUUAAAAAAACGCAACUUUUUUUUUUUUUUUUAAAUGAAUAAAAAAAUGGAUGGCACGUGAUCGUACCGCUGGGACCGAACCCAAAGGCGUCUUUGGGUCCUUUAAAUAUAAGCCCCAAAUUGACACUUUCUUCUCACUAUCAUUUCUCUCAGUAUUUCAUCUUCCUCGAAAUCUCAGUCACUCUCUUCUCAGUUUACAAUGGCACCAUCAGACAAGAAGAUCAAGAUCGGAAUCAACGGUUUCGGAAGAAUCGGACGUUUGGUUGCUAGAGUUGCUCUCCAGAGGGACGAUGUUGAGCUUGUCGCUGUUAACGAUCCAUUUAUCACCACUGAUUACAUGACAUACAUGUUUAAGUACGAUUCCGUUCAUGGACCAUGGAAGCAUCAUGAGCUUAAGGUCAAGGACUCUAAGACCCUUCUCUUCGGUGAGAAGCCCGUCACUGUUUUCGGUGUCAGGAACCCAGAAGAAAUCCCAUGGGGCGAGACCGGUGCCGACUUUGUUGUUGAAUCAACUGGAGUUUUCACUGACAAGGACAAAGCUGCUGCUCACUUGAAGGGUGGUGCUAAGAAGGUUAUCAUCUCUGCCCCAAGUAAAGAUGCACCCAUGUUCGUUGUUGGUGUCAAUGAGAACGAAUACAAGCCAGAGUACGAUAUUGUUUCCAAUGCUAGUUGCACUACCAAUUGCCUUGCCCCAUUGGCCAAGGUUAUCAACGACAGGUUUGGAAUUGUUGAGGGUUUGAUGACCACCGUCCACUCCAUCACUGCUACCCAGAAAACUGUUGAUGGACCAUCAAGCAAGGACUGGAGAGGCGGAAGAGCCGCUUCCUUCAACAUCAUUCCCAGCAGCACUGGAGCUGCUAAGGCUGUUGGAAAGGUGCUCCCAGCUCUUAAUGGUAAAUUGACCGGUAUGUCUUUCCGUGUUCCUACCGUCGAUGUCUCAGUUGUUGACCUCACCGUCAGGCUUGCAAAGGCUGCAACCUACGACGACAUCAAAAAUGCCAUCAAGGAGGAGUCUGAGGGCAAAUUGAAGGGUAUCUUGGGAUACACCGAAGAUGAUGUUGUCUCUACCGACUUCAUUGGUGACAGCAGGUCAAGCAUCUUCGAUGCCAAGGCCGGAAUUGCUUUGAACGAGAACUUUGUGAAGCUUGUGUCGUGGUACGACAACGAAUGGGGUUACAGUUCCCGUGUUGUUGACUUGAUUGUCCACAUUGCUUCCCAAUGCUAAACAAAACAAAACAUAACCUGUGAAGAUUGAAAGGCUUAUUGUUCUCCAUUUUCGAUCCUAUUUAGUUUGAGUCUCUUUAUAAGGUUCAGUUGUUUGUUGUGCUUAUAAGUGUUUUGAGUUGAGUUUCGAAUAAGCAAAAUGAGGCCUAACCAUUUGGCUUUUGGUGUUUUAAUUGUUCCAUUUUGAUCAGCUUUCGAAGAACCUGUAAUGGUGCUAGUUAGAAUUUUAUAAUUUUGAUGUAAACAGUUACAUGGUUUUCUUUUUCAUAUGAAAUUGUUAAAAAGCGGUGGCUUUUUUUUACAGAGAAACUUUAAUAUCAACUGCCUCAUUUUCGUUU